AUGUCUAAGCUUUUUGUCGUAUUCGGUGCUACUGGCCAGCAAGGUGGGUCAGCAAUUUCACAUGUUCUUGACGAUCCUGAAUUGUCAAAGCAAUUUAAGAUCAGAGCGGUUACUCGGGACCCUUCAAAUCCAAAACUUUCAUCAUUCAAGGAAAGAGGUGUGGAGGUAGUCAAGGGAGAUUUCAACGAUGCCUCGUCUUUGAAAGCAGCAGUGUCAGGCGCUUUUGUUGUUUUUGGAGUGACUCUUUCAGUUUAUGAUCCUGUUAAAGGUACUGAGGAGGAAGUCAAACAAGGUAAAAGUAUCGUUGACGCAGCAAUUGAAGCUGGUGCCAAGUACUUUAUCUGGUCUUCUGCUCCAGAUCCCGACAAGAUCAGCCAUGGAAAGUACAAACAUGUUUCCAUAUACGGAGGAAAGAGUGGAGUUAUGGACUAUAUCAAAUCUCAGCCCAUCACCGGAAUUUAUUAUUCUCCCGGAUCAUUCAUGCAAAAUUACCAGAGUCAACUUGCUCCCAAGCCUCUCGGUGAUGGCACAUACGGCAUUUUUGGCCGGUUUAAGCCCGAUACCGAACUUCCAAUCAUUGAUAUCAACGACACCGGAAAGUUUAUUGGCGCCAUUCUUGAGAACCCAGAGAAGUUUUCUGAGCAGUUUGUAGCUAGUGCUGAAGGGGUAUACAAGGUUGAAGAUAUAGUUGCCCGAAUUGCCAAGGUCUCCGGAAAGACGAUCACAUACCACCAAGCUACUGUGGAGCAGUUUAAGGAAAACGUUCCUCCUUUCUUGAAACCAUUCGCUGAUGUUUUGAACGAUUUUUUUCAACUUAUUGUCGAAUUUGGCUACUAUGGACCAGAUCUGAAGAAACAAGUGGACAACUGGUCGAAGCAGGCUCAUGGAAAGCUUACUACUAUUGAAGAGUUCUUUGAGAAAAACCCUCUCACCUUCAAGUAA